CCCAGUGCUGUGGAAAGCAGCAGCCGCCACUCAAGACUGACAGACUCCACAACUAAGGAUAUAAACAGAGAAGUGCCGGGACAGCAGCCUCCCGACGCCCCCCCCCCCCCCUACUGUUUCACUGGAGCGUAAACCUUCCCGGUUUAGCUUCCCAAGAUGGACCUGAGGGUAACAAGCGUUCUCCUCGUCCUCCUCGCUUUGGUUGAGGCCACUCCUGAGAGGUACUACAGUGUGCCAAAAGUGAGCAAGACUCCUUACCCCGUCAAAAGUCAUGCCGUUGCAGGCCAGCCAGGUCCUCCAGGUCCUCCAGGUGAGCCUGGAGCAAUGGGACCAAUGGGACCUCCUGGAAAGAGUGGUGUAGGACAUACUGGACCACAAGGCCCAGCUGGACCUCCCGGACCCCCUGGCUACUCUGCGCAAGGUAAACCCGGUACCCCAGGUGGCCCUGGAAAACCAGGUACCCCUGGCAUCCCUGGUGAGAGAGGUGCAACUGGCGCAACAGGACCAAUGGGUCCCAGAGGUGCACCUGGUUCACCUGGUACACCUGGACCUCCUGGAAUUCAUUCUGUUGGAAAACCUGGACCAGCUGGCAUCCAUGGAGCAAUGGGACCAAGAGGAGAGCCUGGUUUGAAGGGACACCCUGGUAUUCCUGGCCUUCCUGGCACUAAAGGAGAGAGAGGUGUUGGAGUUCCUGGGGUUCAAGGACCUCCAGGAGCAGUUGGACCAAUGGGCCCAGCUGGAAUGCCUGGAAAACCUGGAACUGGUAUACCUGGUGCUACUGGCUAUCCUGGAGAACCUGGCAAGUCUGGUGCCCCAGGAAGAGAUGGUGCUCCUGGGCCAAUGGGUAUGCCAGGACCAAAGGGUCACACUGGGGCUCCAGGCACAGGAGCGGCAGGGAAACCAGGCCAGAAUGGUACCCCGGGUCUGCCUGGACCUAUGGGUGCUAAAGGUCCACAGGGUCCAGCAGGUCAGCCAGGCUCCCCUGGCAUGCCAGGUGUUGGCAAAACAGGCGAACCUGGAAUCCCAGGUAGCAGAGGAGCCCCCGGUACUCCAGGAACCACUGGUCAGAAAGGAGAGCCAGGCCCAACUGGUUAUACUGGUCAGCCAGGUGCUCCUGGUCCUAUUGGCCCAGCUGGUCCACAGGGUGCAAGAGGAUUCCAAGGUGAGGGAGGCCCAUCAGGACCCAAAGGCGAUAUUGGUAUGGUAGGUGCACCAGGCCCAAGGGGAACCAAGGGUGAACCAGGAGCUCAUGGUCUCACUGGAAAACCAGGUGUCCCAGGGGCAGUAGGUCCUGCAGGACUCCCAGGCCAUAAUGGUCCUCAGGGUCAGAAGGGUGCACAAGGCCAUACCGGUGCCCCUGGAAUCCCAGGUGCAAAUGGUGCCCCGGGACUAAAAGGGCACACAGGCCCCGCAGGAGGACCAGGGAAAAGUGGUGAGAAUGGAAGACCAGGACCCAUGGGACCAGCUGGCCCCCCUGGCCCACCAGGUCCUGCUGGAUUUAAGGGCCAUCCAGGUCUUCCAGGUCCACCUGGCCCAGCUGGCUUGACAGCCAAGGGAGUUUCUGGUCCAAUGGGUGCACCUGGAAUUCCAGGUGCCAGAGGUAACGAUGGUCCACAAGGACCUAUGGGUCCUCCUGGUCCACCUGGCCCACCAGGAGAGGUAGUCUACCACCAUGAGAAGAGCAUGCCAAUCAAGACCCAUGAGCUUGUGAUGUCUCAAGAGAUGGUUAAGGCCCCCAUGUCCGCCUUCAGUGCUGUGCUGACCAGAGCCUACCCCCCAGCUGCAACCCCUAUUCAGUUCAACCAGGUUCUAUACAAUGGAGAGGGCCACUAUGAUGAACACCAUGGUGUGUUUACCUGCCAGAUCCCAGGCCUCUACUAUUUCAGCUAUCACAUGCACGUCAAUGGCGCCAAUGCAUUGGUGGCCCUCUACAAAAACGAGGAGCCAGUUCUCUUCAGCUAUGAUGAGUACAACAAGGGCUUCCUGGAUCAGAUGUCAGGCAGUACUGUACUUAUGCUGCAUUCCGGUGACAGAGUCUAUGUCCAGGUCCCUGAUGAGGAGAGCAAUGGCAUAUUUGCAGCAGAUAAUGUUCACUGUGCUUUCUCUGGGUUUUUGAUUGUCGCAACGUGAUUUCACAAAUCCAAAUAAACCUCAAAAUCUUGCAAUCAUUGAACUACUCAGAGAAGUACUCAGUUAAAAUUCCAAAUUGUGAUUGUGGAUUAGAAAAUAUAAGGUUGAAAUUUUAAAAAUAUUCAAAUCUUUACAAAAAAUAAAAAGUCUUUACUUUGCUGACAAAUGACUCAACUGACAAAGGUAUUAAUGCUGAGAAAAAUAUUAAGUGGGUGGUUCAAAUUAGUCCCCUUCCCCAGUUUACCAUGUGUGUGCCUUUGCAAUUUUAAAAAACAUGAAACAUUGGAAGAUAUCUUAAGUGGUGCUUUACAACUACCUGUAACAUUUACAGCACGUCUUUUAUUUGUGUUUGUUUUUAUUAAUGUCUGUUGUUUAAGAAUUUUCCUGUAAUAUAGAUACAAAAGACACGUAAAACUGUUGUACUAUAUGUUAUUAGAGAUCAUUCUCACAAGCACUGUGAUUAGGAAAACCACACAGAAUGAGAAAUUCAAAGUGCAUUAUUUUUUUCAAAAUAACUAUGUCCCAUUGGAUGUGUAAGUUAUCUACCACUUUCUGACCAAAACACAGAAUAAAAGUUCUAGUUUGAAAAAGAAAA